UUAUUAUGCUUCUAAGCAAUUCUCAAAUGGUUGUCGCCGGAUACAGAUCGGUUCUCUCGCCGGGAAGCUUCACUACGAGUCCGAGAAGUCCCUUAGAUAUGAGGUUCCCCUCGCCUGGUAGCUCAAAGAGGUACGAUGACGGUGGAGUCGGCUUAGGCAUCGUCGCUGCGCUUGAGAAAUCUAAUAUCAGGCAAGAGAUCUUGUCGAGACAAAACCCGGUUUACUGUUCUGGUUCCGGUUCGAAUAGAUCCAACCCGGUUCAUUGUGCACGGAGAAAUCAGUUUCAGGCGGAGAUUGAACUCUCUGAGGAAUACACUUGCGUCACGAGUCGUCGUGAUGGCGUGAGUAAGGUUUAUUACAAGGAUGACGAGUUUGAGUUUCGUGGUAAUAGAUCGGAGGGUAACAUUGAUCGUCGUGACCGGACAUCAACGGAAACAACUGAAGAAUCAGAGGCGAAGAAGAAGAGAGAUUCUCAAGAGUUUCUGAGUUUGUGUUGCUUGUGUAAGAAGAAACUUCUAGGCAAAGACAUUUACAUGUACAAAGGAGAUAGAGGGUUUUGUAGUAAAGAGUGUAGAUCGGUGACGAUAAUGGAGGAUAAUGUAGAAGUGCAACAUAGAUCGACAAAUGUUGAGGUUUUGAGCUCUCGGUGUACCGGAGGACAAGUUUCUCCAACUAGAAUAUUCGUUAUAUAAAAAGGAUUUUUACUAAUUUAGAAUUGUGAUCAGCGUUGAUUGAUUAUACC